UCCCCCUACUCCUCCCCCGAUCCCCUCCACCUUCUUCCUCCCACGCCCCAGCCCCCGAUCCACCUUCUUCCUCCCACGCACCAGCCCCCGAUCCACCAACCCACCGCCGCUCCCUCAGGCCGGCCAACUGCCAUCGUUGGUGCUCCGCCCAACCUCCCCACCUUCGCCGGCCACUCCCGCACACCUUCCCUCCCGCUCCCGCAUCCCGUGCCCACCUCCAACCUCCCACCUUCCGAUCCGGACGGCGUGCCCCAGCCCCCUCCGACUGCCGGCGUCCCCACCCCUCUACCUUUCUCCGACCACUGCCCCCCGACGACGCAUCUUCCCCAACCCCAUACAUCAUCUUCUAUGACGCCGCCACCCUCCCCCUCUUUCUCCCAUGCCACCCCCGCCUCAGUCACGCAACCUCCGCCGCCGCAGUGGAGAAGCGCCACCACUGUGGCCGUGCCCAUCCGCGGGGACGCCGAGGCCAGUGCGACCAGGGCCUGGAGCUCGCCUCUUCCCCCGCGAGGGGCUCCGACGGCUCCAUGUCCCGCACCCUCCUCCACCUUUCUCUGGCGCUCGCAGGACACAAUCGAUGGGUGCGGCGCCUCGAGUGGUUGCUGCCGGCGGCGGACGCAGCCUCGUGCCCCCGCGCGAUCGGAUCCCAUCCCCACCACCUACGGCCACCAUCGGUGGUACUGCAUCUGCGGCCACGACUUCUCACCCUCGCAGGCGACUCUCUCCCUCUUCCGCCGCCGAUUUGGCCAGCGAGCGGCGCCACCGAGGCCAGCGGCUUCGUCGAUGGUGGUGCUCUCUCACGCCCUCCGACGACCCCCUGAUCCCCUCCUGAGGAUGCAGCUCACAUAGAAAUCCUUUGGUGGCCCCGAACACUUCCUGCAGCUCUGUCUUGGCAUUUCUGCAGCUCUCUUCUUCUCUAUGUGCAAUGCAAAAAAUUCGGUUGAUGUGCAGCCCCCGAUGAUGGCUCCGGCUCUGUUCUCUCUGCUGUGCACAAGUCCAUGGACCCGAUUGCUUUUAUGCUUUUCAUUUUGAGGUCUAUUGUAUUAAAAAAAGGGCUAUUUUGUACGGCUGGGGUGUGCACAUGCAGUUCACCGGCAAGCCUCUACCGGUUGCAACAGCACGGGCGAGCAGUUUGCUUUUUCGUUUGUUUUGUCCUUUUAGGUGGUGGCGGUCGAGGACAGAGGGCCUGUUCUUUUCUACUGCUAUUUUUAGUAGAAAAAUGGUGGUUUUUUGUUGUGUUGUGCAGUUUGCAUGUCAUGCUGGAGACGUUCAUUGCACUGUCGAUGGCAGUUUAUACUUUGUAAUUGAGAAGUGCCUAUGUAAAAUUUCAGUUCCUCGUUGCA